AUGCUCCAUGCCGUCACACAUGAAACCGAUGUCUACAAUCUUGUUCGUCAAUUUGCUCCAACUUUGAAUGGCCGAGCUGCUUACUUUGCUCUGUUUGCACAAUAUCGUGGAAGGGGACAUUUCACCUGUGGCGUACACAGUUUGACAAUUGAAGCAGCUCUUUGUUUUGCUGUUGCUAUUGCCAAUGGACAAGUACUACAGCGAUUGUCAGUGAUUCCCUUAUCAGCCAAAGAACGAAACAGUGAACCAAUGGAAGAGAAGAAGAAAGAAUUUAUGGAAGACCUGAAGAAGAAUCUGAAGAAGAAGUCUGAUGGAGUUUCUAUCUCUGAAGAAGAACUUGAUCACAUUUGGCAUAAGUACAACAUGCCAAUCUCUGCAAUCGAAGAUGGUGGUUACGCGCAGUAUGCACAAUAUGAAGAUCACCCACAAGAAGAUCCUCGCCACAAGAUUGAAGAUGAUUUCAAAGAGCCGCCGGAUCAAGAAUCAGAUCCUGUUGAGUUCAACAAGUAUGUCUCUGCAAAGGUAUCGUUUAAUGCGGAUGGAGUUGAGACUUUUGGAGUUGUUCAGGGUCGGAAGCGUGACUCAUCUGGAAAACUGAUUGGUCACUACCAUGAGAAUCCACACCUUGGCACAUCUAUCUAUCAAGUGGAGUUCGAGGAUGGAAAAGUGGAAAGCUUCUAUGCAAAUCAGAUUAUUGAAGGGAUAAUGAUGAAUGUCGAUGAUGAAGGUAACACAAUGUACCGGAUUCCCAAAUUUAUUGAUCAUCAACGUGAUGGACAAGCAGUUAAAGGGGACGACGGAUGGUAUACUACCUCUAGCGGUCUCAAGUGUCCACGAAAGACAACCAAAGGAUGGAAAUUAUUAGCUGAGAUGAAAGGUGGAGAAACAGAAUGGCUUGAUCUAUCAGUAGCAAAAGAAGCGUUUCCUAUCGAGGUCGCUGAAUACUCUGUUGCAAACAAGCUUGUGUCAGAGCCUGCCUUUGCGUGGUGGGUUCCCUACACUCUGAGAAAGCGUGAUCGAGUUUUGAAAGCUGUCAAGCGCCGUGCUGUGAAAAGACAGAAGGCAGAAAAGUUUGGUAUUGAGGUGCCUGGUCCUGGGCCCAAAGGUGUUGCACGUGCGUAUGAACUUGAUGCUGAGAAUGGUACCUCACAUUGGAGUGAUGCCUUGAUUAAAGAAGUGAAGACAAUCCUACCAGCUUUGAAGAUUCUGGAAGAUGAUGAAGAUGUUCCCGUUGGGUACCAGCUCAUUGAGCUUAUGACUGUUUUCAAUGUCAAGAUGGAUCUCACGCGGAAGGCACGAAUAUGUGCUAGAGGGGACCAAACGGGCCCUCCAAUGUCUGUCACCUAUGCAAGUGUUGCGACAAGGGAAAGUAUUCGACUUGCUUUUGUUAUUGCUGCUUUGAAUGGUUUGAAUGUUUUGAGUGCUGACGUCUCCGGUGCAUAUCUGAAUGCCAAAUGUGCCAAGAAAGUUUAUUGUAUUUUAGGGAAGGAGUUUGGAGAAUAUGCCGGGAAGAAAGCUAUCCUGGUUAAGGCCGUUUACGGACUCAAAAGUUUGGGAUUCGCAUGGAGGAGCCUCUGUGCGGACGUUUUGAAGGAACAAUUGGAGUUCCAACCAUGUCGUGGAGAUAUGGAUCCUGACUUGAUAAAAGAGCCAACCACAUAUAUUGGUGCAACAAUCUCGAAGCACAAGUUGGAUGGUGAUGAUUAUUUCACCUGGGCUAUUGGAUCUGAAGUGUACCCCCAAGAGCCGCUAAUAGUUGUCAAGAAACAAAUUGCCCCAAUGCAACUGACUUUGAAGAAAAAGGUUUACCCAACUUUACCCACUGGACACAAGCCGGAACUUGAUUCUACUGUCUUUGUCGAUGAUGAUACUGCUAUUUUCUACAUGCAACUCAUCGGUAUUCUGCGCUGGCUUGUGGAACUUGGUUGUAUUGAUGUCGCCGCCGAAGUGUCUAUGCUCUCGUCUUACAAUGCAAUGCCUCGUGAAGGUCAUUCCCAUGCUGCCUCACAUAUUUUUGCCUAUUUACAGAAGCAUCCUGAUUGUGUACUUGUGAUGGAUUGUGGUUAUGCUGAUCAUCUGAGACCAUUAAAGAAAGCUGACUACUCACAGUUCUAUGAAUUCACUAAGGAUGAACUCCCAAGUGACAUGCCUACACCUCUUGGCAAAGCGGUAGAGUUAACUAUGUUUGUUGAUGCAUCUCAUGCUGCUAACGUUGUUACUCGUCAAUCAAGAACAGGAGUAUUGAUCUUUGUUAACAAAGCUCCUAUUAUCUGGUAUUCGAAAAAGCAAAACAGUGUCGAGACAAGCAGUUUUGGUUCUGAAUUUGCUGCUCUAAAGACAGGUGUUGAAUUACUUGAGGGACUACGAUUCAAGCUCAGAAUGAUGGGCGUCCCAAUCCAAGGUUAUUGUCAUACUUGUGUCGACAAUGUGAUGUCUGUUGUCAAGAACUCAAGUGUUCCUGAAUCUCAAUUGAAGAAGAAAUCGAACGCUGUCGCAUACCACUACGUUCGCUCCAGAUGCGCCAUUGAUAUCCUACAAAUUGAAUGGAUAAUUUCCGCUGAGAACCUGGCCGACGUUUUAACCAAGAUCCAACCUGGAACCGUUCGUGACCGUCUUAUGGAACAUAUCAUGUGGAAAGCAAGGCAUAAUGGGAAACUUGCUCUUUUGAUUUAA